AUGGUGUCGGGAUGUGCGAGCUUAACGGCGAUGGUGAUCCUAUCAACGUUUUCCUUCGCAUUGUGUAAACCAUUUCUCGGAGAAAUCCUUGCGAGAGCGAUCGCUUCAUCAUCCAGCCCGGACGAUCCGCAAUCACACAUUAGUGAUUUCAGAAAUACGUCCAAAAUGGAUGCAAAUGCAGCGAAGCUCGUGCUGGCUGCUCUUAAGGACGUUCCCAACACAAACCGUACCCUUGUGGGUUCGAACGAAACGUUAACAGAAGACCGGAGUGCGGAAGGUGAGACAGAGUUUAUUGCAGCACCAGUUCUGGGUGCAAACAACCCCUGGUUUGGGCAGUGGAACAGGACCGAAGUGCUGGCGCGAAUUAUUGACGAGUUUGUGAGGCCAGUGCAAAAGCGGAUCAUACUGGCCUUUCAAACGCUUGUCGCCAGCAACCGUUCGAAGGCAGCGAAACUGAAAGACCCCACCACACCGACGCAGGGUGCAGAAGAAGAGGGACAAGCGUUGCAGUCGCCACACGACAACGAAACGGAUAUCGUUGGAUUUGAACUGGAAUCGCUAGACGAGCACUCGCUUCCGCCGCUGAUCGAUCCAACCGUGAACGGAAGCACGCUGCUCAGCAAACUGCGCGCCAGGCGGCACAUGAUCCGGCGCCGUGUGUCCAAAGCACUCUCGUCCAUCACGGGUCUACUGAUACUGGCGGCCAACACCCAGCGAGAAACGAAGCCCCGUAGUAGACGAUCGAUUCCGAAUGGCAUCGAUGAUGAGGAACUGUCCGACGGUCUCGAUCAGGUGGCCAUUCCCGAUUUGCCCAACGAGCUUUCGACGGGCUAUGAAGAUGAUUCUGUUGCAUUAGAUGACGGGCCAAAACAACCACUGUUGGGAGAAAGUGCCGAAGCGGAUGCACCUCGACGGAACGUGGAAUCGAUCGGCAUAUUCAUGCUGGAAGUGUUUGGUUCAAUCGCCGGAUUCUCGUGGGGCGUAUUUAAACAGAUCCAAUCGUUAUUCUGGUGA